CUCACACAUUAUUAUAAGCAGGCAAAAUAUUAUAGAAAUAUUAGAAAUGAAUUUACAUAUUUCGCAGUUAAUUAGCAGAAUUAGGUUAGGUCACCACAAAUUGACACGGAACGUAUUUUAUUUAAUACUUUCUUGACACUUUGACGUUAAAGUGACACUUUCGACAGCGUUGCCAAAUUGAAUCCGUAGUUAAAUGGCCAUUAGCUAAGUGAAGCACAAAUAUGGUCGGUGCAAGUCGUUUUAAAGUUAAGGGAUCAAUAACUUAUGGGGUCUCUUACCUAAUGGUCUCAUAAGAAAAAGUCCGUGCAAAUGGCCGUAAGUCUUUAGUUAUGUCAUUCAAAAAUCACAAGAAUCUCAAUCUUUGUGACCCUAACGAAACACACUUCCCUUUACAUAGAAUGUACAUAUAUUCUUGUUAGAUUUCGGUGUAAUUGUGUUUUGUAAUAGCUUCUUGUUUGUCAGUAAAUACACUACAAUUGUUGUUGGUACACAUUUUUGAUCUCUGCUUUGAAACUCAGAAAUUGGUCAAUGACACUGAUCGUUUACUGAUCUAAGUUAGAUAUUGUAUACCUACUAUAAAACUUUCUUUUUUCUCCUCUAGAUCCUAACAUCACUUAGAUUUUUUGCAGGUGGAAGCUACCAAUUGGAUAUUGGUCGAAACCAUCGUAUGGCAAUAGGCCAGCCAUCUGUGUCCCGCGUUUUGCAUGAAGUGUUGGAUGCACUAAAUCAGCCUGCAGUUGUGAAUAGGUUCUGCCAUUAUCCUACCACUAUUGAAGAACUGAGGAACUUAAGAGAGAGUUUUUUUGAAGAAACUGGUGUUCCAGGCAUAACUGGCAUUAUAGACUGCACACACAUUGCAUUGACAACACCAGUAGAAAAUGAACACAUUUAUGUAAACAGGAAAAAUUUCCAUUCAUUGAAUGUUCAAAUGAUUUGUGAUAAACAAAUGAAGAUAUUGAAUUUCAAUGCCCGAUAUCCUGGAAGCACUCAUGAUGCUUUUAUUUGGAGAAACUCCAGAAUAGAGGAAUUUCUAAGUACAAUGCCAGAUAACCAACUGGGUACUUUUUACCUACUAGCCGAUUCUGGCUAUCCACUAAGACCUUGGCUGAUGAACCCCUAUCUGCCUGAGCCUGCCCCUGGAACACCAGAGGCUCGCUUCAAUGAGAGAAUGACACAAAUUAGAGUCCUCAUUGAAAGGUGUUUUGGAUUGCUCAAGAAUAGAUUCCGUUGCCUUCUAAAAGAUAGAGUUUUGCACUAUGCCCCUAUCACAGUGGCACAAAUUGUAACGGCAUGCACUGUGUUGCAUAAUAUUUGUGUAGAAAAUAAUAUUCCUCUAAUCGAAGACGAGGAUUUUUUCAAUGAAGAAUUGGAUGGCUAUGAAAAUGCUGUUGUAGAAGAGUUUGGAAGAAAUGUGUUGAAUAAUAAUUUUGUGCAGCGUGGUAGAGAAAUUAGGAACUUCCUUGCCAGAACCUACUUUUAAGGCUUC